AAGAGAGGGAUUAUUGAACGGAAAAUCAAAAAUGAUCAAAAUAGUCAGCCUUUAUUUUGAAUUCCAUAUUGUUCAUAAGGUAGUUUGGCAACUGUGACAUCCACGUGCUUUUAUUUAUUUACUUCUUGAUAUACCUGCUGUUAUGACCAAUAACUCUGGGAGAACCUAUCGCAAAAGAAGAAGAAAAUUAAACCCAUCUUGUAAUGCUAACUUAAAUAUACAUGAUCAAAAAUAUUUCAAUUUACUUUGUCAUUGGAUGGGAACUAAAGGAUUCAAGCCUUUGAAGAGAUUAUGCCCGAUGAUUUUUAAAGAAUCUGGUAGAGGUUUGAUGGCUAAAGAAAGAAUUUCUGGAGGUGAUGUUAUUGUUGCAAUUCCUGAAAAAUUGCUAAUAACUCCUGUCAAAGUUUUAUCAUUAUACUUGGGUGAUUAUUUUGAAAAGUAUUGUCCCGAUGCUUCUGGUCACGAGAUACUUAGUGUUUUCUUAAUGUAUGAAAGAGUAAAAUUCCAUAGUUCUGAAUGGUAUCCUUAUUUAUGUUCCUUACCAGAGUCUUAUGAUAUUCCAGCUUUUCAUGAUGGUUACCCAAUCUCUAAGCUACCAAUUAAUAUUUCAUCACUUGCAACGAAGCAGAUGGAAUCUGUAAAAACUGCUUACGAAAAACUAAAUUUACUUUUAAAACAUUUAGAACAGUCACAUCCUAUAUUUCACAAUACUUUAAAUUUCAGUCUUUAUAAAUGGGCUUGGUGUACUGUUAAUACUAGGUGUGUACAUAUGGAUUGUUUUCGAGAAAAUUGUCCUGGAAAGUUUUGCACUUUUCAUCUAGCAUUGGCACCUUAUUUAGAUUUGCUUAAUCAUAACUGUGAAGUGCAAGUAGUAGCUGGAUAUAAUUCUGAAAGAAGACAAUACGAAAUUAGAAGUUUGUGUGGUUUUAAGAAAUAUUCUCAAGUCUUUAUUAAUUAUGGGCCUCACAAUAAUUAUACUCUUUUAAUUGAAUAUGGAUUCAUUGUGAAUCAAAAUCAUAAUCAUUCCGUAACAUUUUCUAGUGAGGAAAUUCUUGAUGCAUGUAAGCAGUGCCAUUUUAUUUCAUCAGUAUCAGAAAAACUGAAAUUUAUUCUCAGUAAUGAUAUUUUAAGCAAUGCUGUCUGUUCACAUGAUGGUCUGAGCUGGAAUUUAGUUGUAAUUUUGAGAAUUUUGACGUCAGAAAACCAAUUAAAGGAUUGGAAAUCUAUUUUACAUGAUGGUUCAAAGUUGUCUGCUGAUGAAUUGAACUAUGAGACGUUGAAGAAAAAUCUAUUGAGCAUAAAGAUUAAUGAUUAUAAUUUUGUUUAUGAUACGAAUUCAGUUGCAUAUUCAUAUCUUGAAAAAAUUAUCGAAGAAUUAUCAUCAAUUGAUAAAUUGCUUUUAAUAAAAGCUUUAAAAUAAGA